CUAUGCUUCCGAAAAACCGUGAUCCAUGGCGCGCCGCACGAGCGGCAAUCUCGGUAGAGGUCUCAAGAAACCAUCGGUUACGUCCCAGCGAUAUCUUCGCCAAGGCCCGAGGCUGCAGCUGGCACCAGCAGCGAACAGCGCUACCGUAGAGUCAGAUAGGACGUAAUCUUACAGAUGUUGUAGGGAGAAAGGAGCGAGGAGGCUAGGUCCUACACAUACCGUAGCACCUGCUAGUGGUGGUCUUCGUGGACAGGCCAAAGCCCCUGUCCCCUGUACCAUGUAUCUGUAAACAUAGAUUUUGUGCUAUGAGAAUAUCUAUUUUGAACGGUGUGUUGGGGCCAGCAUAUCCAAGCUAGGCAGUACAGGAUGAGCUUGUAGUAGUGGACGUUGCUAGUCAUCGCCUAACAAGUGACUUCCGGAGCAGCGCGGCCAGCAGCAUGGCAGCUCCACGGCGGUCAGUCAAGACCGGCAAAGAUCGCACGGUGUAUGCCGACCUGUCGGUUGAGGAGUGCCGGGUGCGCGCCAUUGCGGAGAUUGUGAACGGCCUGAUAGCGUGCAGCCGCGAGAAAAAGGACGUGAACCUGAACGUGCUCAAAGCGGAGAAGUCGCGCAAGUAUGGACUCACCAAGAGCCCGAAGCUGGUGGAGAUCAUCGCUGCCGUCCCUGAGGAGCACCGCGCCGACCUCAUCCCGCGCCUGCGCGCCAAGCCCAUCCGCACCGCAUCCGGCAUUGCUGUGGUGGCUGUCAUGUCCAAGCCGCAUCGCUGCCCCCACAUCGCCACCACCGGUAACAUCUGUGUCUACUGCCCCGGGGGGCCUGACUCCGACUUUGAGUACAGCACGCAGUCCUACACGGGAUAUGAGCCCACCAGCAUGCGGGCGAUCCGCGCAAGGUACAACCCAUACGCGCAGUCGCGGGGCCGUGUGGACCAGCUGCGGCGGCUGGGCCACAGUGUGGACAAGGUGGAGUUCAUCCUCAUGGGCGGCACCUUCAUGUCGCUGCCCGCCGACUACCGCGACUACUUCAUCCGCAACCUGCACGAUUCCCUCUCGGGCCACACCUCGCGUGAUGUCGACGAAGCCGUCAGGUACAGCGAGCAGUCGGCCACCAAGUGCAUUGGGCUGACCAUUGAGACGCGGCCCGACUACUGCCUGGCCCCCCACCUGCGCCAGAUGCUGACCUACGGCUGCACGCGCCUCGAGAUUGGGGUGCAAAGCACAUAUGAGGACGUGGCGCGGGACACCAACCGCGGGCACACCGUGGCCGCCGUCGCCGACUGUUUCUGCCUUGCUAAGGACGCGGGCUUCAAGGUGGUGGCCCACAUGAUGCCGGACCUGCCCAACGUGGGCAUGGAGCGCGACAUUGAGAGCUUCCGCGAGUUCUUUGAGAACCCGGACUUCCGCGCGGACGGCCUCAAGGUGUACCCCACCCUCGUCAUCCGCGGCACCGGCCUCUACGAGCUCUGGAAGACCGGCAGGUACCGCAACUACCCCCCCGAGCAGCUGGUGGACCUGGUGGCGCGCCUGCUGGCGUUCGUGCCCCCCUGGACGCGCGUGUACCGCAUUCAGCGCGACAUCCCCAUGCCGCUCGUUACCAGCGGCGUCGAGAAGGGCAACCUGCGUGAGCUCGCGCUGCAACGCAUGGCCGACCUUGGCACGCGCUGCCGCGACGUCAGGACCAGGGAGGCGGGCAUCCAGGACAUUCACCACCGGGUGCGGCCGGAAGAGGUGGAGCUGGUGCGGCGCGACUACGCGGCCAGUGGCGGAUGGGAGACCUUCCUCGCAUAUGAGGACGUGAAGCAGGACAUUCUGGUGGGCCUGCUGCGCCUGCGGCGGUGUGGCCGCAGUGUGAGCUGCCCCGAGCUGCGCGGGCGGUGCUCCAUCGUGCGCGAGCUGCACGUGUACGGGACCGCCGUCUCCAUCCACGGCCGAGACGUCGACAAAUUCCAGCACCAGGGCUACGGAACUCUGCUGAUGCAAGAAGCUGAGCGGAUAGCGACACGGGAGCAUAGGUCCACGAAAUUGGCGGUCAUUUCGGGCGUCGGCACGCGGCAUUACUAUAGAAGGCUGGGGUAUGAGCUCGAAGGGCCAUACAUGGUGAAAAUGCUGAAAUCAGGGUCAGGGCGGACUUGAAAGCUCAGUGAUGGUUGCCCGUCUCUUUGCGUCUGGUUCAGCUUAACGGGCAUCCCUAUGUACAUAGCUAGCUUCUUCCAGAUCAGACCAAUGAGAAGUUUCUACACCGCACGCAUGCAAGCACAGCCAUCCUAUAAUGCUAUAGCAGGCGGCUAGCUCUACGCUGUCAUUGCGGAGACUUAUAUCUUUAGUAUUGUAAGCGGCCAGGCCUGUGAUAAGCUUGAGCUUGGCUGGGCAAUGUAUACCUAAUUCGUAUAUCCAGCGCAUUUACAC